UUUCUUAAAACCUUUGCAUGCAUGAGAUUUUAGAUGAUUACAAUCCAUUUUUAUUUUAUUACUUUUGGCUCUAUGAUCCUUGAUCAACUAGGGUUUUUAGUAAUUAAUUUUAUCUUGAAAAUUGUAGCAAUUUUGUUUGGACAUUUCAAAAUGAAAGUUUUGCUUUUUAAAGUGUACUUUUUUUUAUCUAUGUAAAAAUUGUUGAUGAUUUUUGCUAAGAUCUAUUAAAAUAACAUUUUAUUAUAAGCACAAUAAAGUUGUGUAUUUGACUUUAAACCUGGUUGGAUGAGGUCUAGAUAAUAUCAGGGUAAUAAAAUAUUGUUGUGUAUACGUCCUUUCAUUUAUGCCAUGGUAUUUUCGGCUUCUUGCUUUGUUCUUUGAUUGAUGUUUAUAGGACAAAUAGUUCAAGGAUGAUUAUAAGCAUAUGUAAGGUGUCAGAUUGUACUAAUUUCUAAGUUAGGUGUUUAUUACAGGAAAAUGUAAAAUAAACAAGGCCUAAUAAAUUAUUGUGUAUUUUGCUCCGCCCCUCCUAUAGUCCUAUAUAGUGGGUUUCUCUCGAUAAGAAAGCACGAAAAAUGCUUAAAAAGUUGUGGGUUACUUGUUAGCUGUCUAAGCUAUUGGAAAUCUAAAUCUCCAAUCAAUUGUGUAAAUUAUUAUUAUUCGGUAAAAGUAAUGGUUAUGGUAGUUGCUAAGAGUAUAAUUUAUGAUGCUUUUAAUAAUAGAACGCUACAAGUUGUAAAGUUGUAUCCUCGCCUUUGUUUUUCUUUAGAUAAUGCCGAGAUGGUUAAGAGAGUGAUCGACAUGCGAUCCGAUACAGUCACUAAACCAACCGAAGCAAUGCGCAUCGCAAUGUCAAAUGCUGAGGUCGAUGAUGAUGUAUUGGGUUACGAUCCAACUGCCCUCCGCCUCGAAGCAGAGAUGGCUAGAAUCAUGGGUAAAGAGGGUGGGUUGUUUGUUCCAUCAGGGACUAUGGGUAAUCUUAUUAGUGUGCUUGUGCAAUGUGAUGUUAGGGGAAGUGAAGUUAUUCUUGGAGAUAUUUCUCAUAUUCAUGUUUAUGAGAAUGGUGGUAUUUCUACCAUUGGUGGGGUCCACCCAAGAACAGUAAAAAAUAACAAGGAUGGAACUAUGGAUUUGGAUUUGAUUGAGUCUGCCAUUAGAGAUCCUAAAGGAGACCUUUAUUAUCCUGCAACUAGACUUAUUUGCCUUGAGAAUUCACAUGCAAACUCUGGUGGUCGAUGCCUUUCUGUAGAAUACACGGACCAAGUUGGAGAGUUGGCAAAGAAACAUGGUUUGAAGCUUCAUAUAGACGGGGCUCGAAUCUUUAAUGCUGCUAUAGCACUUGGGGUUCCUGUUGAUCGACUGGUGCAAGCUGCUGACUCAGUUUCGGUCUGCCUCUCAAAAGGCCUUGGAGCACCCGUGGGCACUGUGAUUGUUGGAUCAAAAAACUUCAUAGCCAAGGCGAAAAUUUUGAGGAAAACUUUAGGUGGUGGAAUGAGACAGAUAGGAAUCCUGUGUGCUGCUGCCUUAGUUGCUGUUCAAGACAAUGUAAAAAAUCUUGGAGAUGACCACAAGAAUGCUAAGCUUUUAGCAGAUGGAUUGAACCAAAUUUCCGGCCUGAAAGUUGAUAUCAGUUCAGUUGAGACCAACAUUAUCUAUGUUCACGUAUGUGAAAACGCGAACACUACCGCACCAAAACUGGCUAAGUUCUUGGAGGAGAAUGGUAUACUGGUCAUGUUAGAAAACACAUUCAGAUUCAGGGUUGUAACUCAUCAUCAAAUCACAACACGAGACGUUGAGCAUACUUUGUCAUGCCUGCGGGUAAGUUCACGUAUAAACUCGCUUCCUAUAAUGUUUGCUUUGUUUUCCCUUCUCUGAUGGGUUUCCCACCGGAAACCUAGUUUUAUCGAUCAACUUACGCAUGUUCAACGUGUAUCAAACAUGACAGCAAGCUGUAACUGGAGCAUGAAGCGAAUAUGUCGAGAACGGAUCGGCUAUAAAUUGCACUUCAUCACUUGCUAAUUAGGUGAUCUAUGUAUUCAUGUUAUGAUUCAUGAAGUGCUACAAAUGUAAAAAUUAUUGUUUUCUGUAAUUAUAUCCUUUUAUAUUUAGGAUAAUUAAGAACUCUCUUUCUUAAUGCUUAUUAUUUUUAAAUUUCUUGUAGUGUUUUAGGUUUGAGUUUUUAUUCAUUUAUCGUAGAAUGCUAUGUUUAAUUUUGUUAAUUAAUGAUUUAGGUUUUAAUCUUGAUAUAUUGGUCUUAAUCUUAAAUUUGUUGCUUAAUUAAUCAUUCUUAGCUUUACUAUGUUCUCUUCAUACUUGUUUGUCUUAGAAUUCAUGAUAUGUGAGUAGUCUCCAUCAGGAUUUAGGAGCUUAAUGGCGUUUUAUUAGCAUUACCCUUUCCGUCCCUUUGAGUUUGCACCAUAAAAUUUAUGGUAGGAGUAUUAGAGAUUGAAGUUGUAUUUUUGAUUUGGCUAAAUUAAGACGCGCCAUAGAUAAUUGGGUCGUGAAAGAGCAAACAAGCAAUGUAUUGCAAGAAUUG